AUGUCCGACGGUGCUGGUGCUUGUGCUGGCGUUUGCUGUACUUUCUGCUGUCUUGGUGGUGAAGCAGGCCUAGCCACAUGGUGCAAUACCCAAACCUUCGGCGCAGGCGGAUGCCCCUGCUGUCGCAACCACGUCAACGGGUGUUGUGGCUCGUGCUGUAACGACUCGUUUGACGAAGACGCUUUUGACAAGAAGGUCAGGAAGGACCUCGAAAAUACACGAGAUCCCAACGCUCCUGCAGAUUCGUCUGCGCUUCAGCUAGCGCCUAGUGGGGAUAUGAAGGUGCCCCAAAGCUCGCCGGGUAAAUGA